AUUGUGCAAGUCAUGAAGGGAGAUUAUGUCAUUCUACACACCGAUGCUGCUGAAAUACACAAAUAUCAUCUGAUACAGUGGAUGUUUGGAAACACUGUGAUAUGUUCAUUUAACAAAACGUACCAAGUUCCGCCAAUCUUAAACAAAGUAGAGGUGGAUCGUGACACUGGAUCCCUCAAAAUCAAGAGCAUUAGAACGGAACAGUGUGGGACUUAUAACCUACAGAUGAUCAGCAGCACUCACACCAUACAGAAGAGAUUCAAUAUUACUAUUUUUGAUGAGGUGAAGCCCAUAUCAGCGAUGGAGGGAGAUUCAGUCACUCUAAACUCUGAUACUAAAAUAUAUGAUGAGAUACAGUUCGAAUAUGAUGACUCUAUCAUAGCGGAAAUCAAGAGAGCUUCCCAAAACUUCUCCACAUUUGAUGUUCCUGAUGGGAGAUUCAGAGACAGACUGAAGCUGGACAAUCAAACUGGAUCUCUGAUCAUCACAGACAUCAACACUCAACACACUGGAGUCUAUCAUCUACACAUCUUCAACAGCAGACACACUGUACACAAGAGUUUCGUUGUUAAUAUCUGCAAUGCAGUGAAAUACGUAACAGUGAAAGUUGGAGAAUCUUUUACUCUAGACACUGGUCUCACUGAUAUAAAGAAGUAUGGUCAACUGCUGUGGAGGUUUGGAGAGAAUGACACUCUUGUAUCUAAAACCAAUGGAACAGAUCCGCUCUUUUCUAUACCUGAGAGAUUCAAAGACAGACUCCUUUAUCAUGAAAAUGGAUCUCUCACCAUCAAAGAUACUAGAUUUGAACACGCUGGGUCUUAUCGCAUAGAAAUCAGCAGCAGCAGAAAAACCUUACUCAAGAGAUUCAGUGUUCUUGUCACUGCUUCUACAGUAGCAGACCUUGAACACCCAGGCUCUAUAGCAGCAAUGGUUUUUGGUAUUGUUCUGGUUAUAACUUUGGGUUGCAUCAUCUUUUGCAAAAUAUCUAAAAAGGGCAAGUAUCAUCUACAGAUAGUAUAGCAAAAGGAAAACACCGUUAUUUUACAACUGUGUCUGAUUAUUUUGUAAUUGCAGAAUGGAAUAGAAUCCCAAAAAGGGCUGUCCAACAAUGAGGAAAAAUACAGAAGUCACUUGAUAUGAGAGGAUCCCAUCAAGAUCACUUUGCAGCUAUUAUAACAUAAUUUAUAUGUUCUAAUAAUCUUGCUCUUUCCAUAUACCUCAGAACAAAACAUUUGUUUGUCAGUUGUCCAAACUUUAAGUUUUAACUCAGGGGGUAUUCCAGAAAGGAAGUUAUGUGACAUACCUCAGAAAAGCUUCCUCAGAGUAAACAGAUAACCUCAACUUUCAGUUCCUUUUUAUUAUUAUUAUUAUUUUUUAUUUUUUUGGAACAUUACAUACUCUAAGUAGCCAUAAAAACUUAAACAUUCUCUAUUUUAAAAAAAACAAACAAACAAAAAAAAACCUUUUAAUCUUGUGCCAAGUUUGAUUCUCUGAAGCAUUUUGUUCCACUAAAAGGAGUUCCCUAAAAUCAUUCUCUGUUCUCAAAUGUGGGUACUUCUGCCGGCAUUUAUAGGAACUAUGAAAAUACUUCUCCAGUGUGAAAGCCUCUAUUACAUGCAAGUUUUUUCCUCAUUCCUCAUUUAUGCUUCAAUUCAUAGUUUUUAUUACUGUAGUUGAGCUUGGAAUUCAGAGUUUAAAAACAAAUAUGUAUAAGAAGAAUAGGAAAAUACCAGAACCAAAAACUGUUAAAGGAGUCAUCGGAUGCCACAUGCACUUUUACAAGAUGUUUGAACUGAAAUGUGUGUUUUAUUUUAUUUUUUAUUUUUUUAGAAAGUUGUACACUCUACAUACUG